CGCGGGUUUUUUUAAUCGGCUGGCUGACCGCGCCCUUUCAUGGCCCGGGAAUGCCCUCCCGCCGAGGCUCCUCUGUCCCUCUGUCUGUCUCCCUCUCUCCCCCUGCGGCCAAGCGCGCACAUCUCCCUUUCCCCGUGCCUUUCUGCCUCCCUGCUCUUGCUGUUUGUGUAUCUUCUCGCGGGGCGCCCUCAAGAAAGCAUGAGCCUGGCAACCGCACCCGGGUUUGGCUUUGCCAGCACCGGUCCAGCCGAGUCCCUGAUGGCCGAGCAGGUGGCACCUGCCGAUGUCGGGGGCGCGCCGGCCCCCGGGCAAGAUCCCCCUGCCACAGAUCCCCCUGCCCCAAAUCCCCCUGCCGAUGGAGCUCCCACCGCCGGGCCCCCGGCCUCUGCGCGGCCCUCCUUUCUGGAGCUCUACGAAGCAGGGAACCUGGCCCGCAGUGGGCGCCAGCUGAUGGCCAGUCUGUUGGCGAAAUACGCCCUCUUCGAGUCGACCCCAACCGGCGUGCGCAACUUCAUCCUCUCCUACCGCGAGUAUUUAUCGCCGGUGGCCACAGGCUUCCUGCUGGACCUGCCCUGUCUCUUGGCCUUCGAUUCGUCCUUCGCUGAGCACCUCCACGGAUUGCGGCGCUUCGAGCGGGCGCCCGACACCCCGGAGGGGUUCCGGCCGUUGACGGUUGGGUCGCGCGCCCGGGCUCUGGCGGUCUUGGCCUUGUUGCCGAUUGCCAUGCACCUGCUCCGGCGCUGGCUGGGGCUCAACGGCAGCGGGGCAGCCGCCGCCGCCGCCGCCGCCACCGAUGAGGCCGAGGAUGAGGAGCUCGGCAUGCGGGUGGACUUCGGCCCGGCGGCCGGGUCGGACCCCGGGACGGCCGGCGAAGUUGCUGCCGCGUUGCCGGCACCGGCCGGCCCCUUGACGGGCAUGCAACGAGCGCGCGCCUCGGCGGCGCAUGCCGGCCGAGUGGCCCUUCGUGUGCUCGCCGCUCUCGCGCGAGUGUGCUUCAACACCUCCCAGUGGACGCGCCUUUGCCUGGCCCUUCUUCACAUCUCCGGGUGGAAGCCUCGGCGCCUCUUCCCCACCUCGGCGUCCGCUUGGCUGGCCGGACAACAGCUCCAUCGGACGCUCGAGGUGCCGGGACACAUUCCAGACAGCGAUGCCGGCUGGGCGCGAGCCGUCCGGUUUGGCGUGGCGAUCGCCGUCUCAGCCGCGCAAACUUGGAUCUCGCACAGCCUCCACUCGGAAUCGGCGGCCUUCUCGAAGCCCCCUGUGCCGCGCGUGGUUCCCCCCGCACCGCCGGUCAACCUCCCCUGGCGCGUGCCCUUCGGCUCGACCAAGCUCGCCGAGGCUGCCUGCCCGGAGUGCGGUGCUUCGCCGCCCGAGGUCCCCGCCGUCCGGGGCGGCCGGCGCGGCCCGGUCACCUCCGGGCCCCCGGCCGCGGCCGACCCCCGGAUCCACUGCUAUGGCUGCCUCUUCCGCGCCGAGGCCGCCCUCGGGGAGCUGGGCGAUCGCGACGCCAUCCGGCGCAUCCUCUUGUGAGGGGGCGCACAAUAUACCCGUAUCACGUGCCGA